AUGCUGGGUACCCUUAUGAGAUGGACGUGCGAAUUAACCAAACAGUCUCCAAGAUUGGUCCUUUUUCAACCAGUAAGAAAUCGUUUUGGAUUAAACAGAAGAGAAAAGUAUCGGCGACGCAUUGAUGAAUUUAAAGAGAAAAUAGAACAGUCGAAGAAAAAAUUACCUUAUCAGGAAGAUGUGAUUCCGCUUCGUCCGUUGAAAGAUUUAUGGAAAGCAUUCGGGUUUACUAUUGGGGUUGGAUCUGUGUCAUUUGCGUUGGCUACAAUAUGUGAUCUUAAAAGAUCCAACAAUAGGUGGCGUGAAGUUUAUGAAGUAGUCAAUGUGAAAUAUAAUGAAGCCAAAAAUCAUUUCGCCAAAUAUCGCCGACUUCGAGAUGGUGUCAAAUGCACUUUUAUACUUGUUGGCAUAAAUGUGAUGGUGAUGCUGAUGUGGGGGAUCAAACCUUGGCAACUAUUUAUGUGGAGAUGGUUCACAAACAGUUUUGCUUCAAAAGCUUUGUGUCUUCCAAUGGUAUUAAGUGCUUUUUCUCAUGCAAAUAUGCUUCAUCUUGUGUUGAACAUGUAUGUGCUCAACACAUUUGCUCCUGUUUCCAUUGAUUGUUUUCUUGGAAUUGAACAGUUUUGGGCUUUCUAUAUAACAGCCGCUGCAGUAUCAUCUCUAGCUGGGAUAACGCAUAAAUAUUUGAUAAGAACGAAUCGACGAGCUCUUGGAGCUAGUGGUGCAAUAAUGGCGCUAUUAGUAUACACAUGCGUAAAAUUGCCAGACGCAAGACUGAAAAUUGUUUUUGUGCCGCAUUUUGAUUUCUCAGCAAAGUCAGCUGUGACCGGAAUGAUCGCUUUUGACUUCAUAUGCUUGCUUCUUGGUUUCAAAUUGUUCGAUCAUGCAGCACAUUUAGGAGGAUCACUAUUUGGAUUAUUCUAUGGUAUGUAUGGUCAACAUCUUAUCUGGAAGAAAUAUGGCGACGAGAUACUUAGAUUAUGUGGUCUAAGUGCAGCGGGAAGGCGAGACAUGGAACGGUCACGACAAAAGCGGAUACCACCUCGUCACUCUUGA